AUACCCCAUAGGAUUUGAGAAGCUUUAACAGAGAUUUCUACAUUUCUCAAUGCAUUAAAUUUAACCAGUGCUAUAUACUGAGAUUUAAUAAAUGUUAAAAAGGAAGUCAUUUUGACAUCCAUUAAAUAAGAAUAAUUGUUUUAAUGGAGUAGGGGAAAUUCAAGUUUGGGGGAAUUACUAAUAUCCAGAAUGAUCAAGAAUGAACCAUAUAUAUUUUCACGCCCUGCCCUAUGUGCCUCCUCUCUCAACCUUUCUUUGCUUGAGGAAAACUCAGUAGAAACGCAGCUACCAUCCAGAUGAAAAGCGCAUGAGCAUUCCAUCUGGGGCAAAUUUUCAUUGGGUUUAAUUGCACAGAUUUUCAAAAGUCCUUGUUUCUUGUUUUUUUUUUUUUUCUUUUGUUUUGGGUUUUUGUUUUUGUUUUUUUUUUUUUUUUUUUUUGAGACACAGAAAAUAGAGAACAGGGGAAUUGACCUAUAGGUUAUACGCUUUGGAUUAAAAACAGCAAUGCACAAAAAACAUGAAAAAAUAUUAAAAUCCAAGCAAUGCAUGUCAUUGAAAAAAAAAGUGUUAGCAGUAUUGAGUUCUAGGAAUCCUUGAAUGGUUUGUUCCUGAUAAUCAGACUGAAAUUUGGUUAUAUAAAUGCUAAGGAACACAGAGAAAUGAGGCUUUGAAAGAAGAAGUAAGUGGGAUACCAAUGUGGAAGAAGAAUAAACAAGAAUUUGGUAAUGUAAAGAAGCCUUUAUUUGAAGCCGAUGAAUGACUUGUCGUGGGCGAGCCCUUCGGGUGCUAUUAAUACUUUCGGGUCGCAGCGGAGACUCUGGCUGUUGUUCAGAAAAGAACUACGAAUCCCAGAAUGCCCUGUUCCCCCAUUUUCCCCGCGAGAAUCCAAGGCAUUGUCCUACAUAAUGGUAGAGGACGAACUGGCACUUUUCGAUAAAAGCAUAAAUGAAUUUUGGAAUAAAUUCAAAAGUACGGACACCUCCUGUCAGAUGGCGGGACUAAGAGAUACCUACAAGGAUUCCAUCAAAGCAUUUGCAGAAAAGCUGUCUGUGAAAUUAAAGGAAGAAGAACGAAUGGUUGAGAUGUUUCUGGAAUAUCAAAAUCAGAUCAGCAAGCAAAAUAAGCUCAUUCAAGAAAAAAAGGAUAACUUGUUAAAAUUGAUUGCUGAAGUAAAAGGCAAAAAGCAGGAAUUGGAAGUACUGACUGCAAAUAUCCAGGAUCUUAAGGAAGAAUAUUCUAGGAAGAAGGAAACUAUUUCUACUGCUAAUAAAGCGAAUGCAGAGAGGUUGAAAAGGCUGCAGACAUCUGCAGACUUGUAUAAAGAUCGACUUGGACUAGAAAUUCGAAAAAUUUAUGGUGAGAAAUUGCAGUUUAUUUUCACUAAUAUUGACCCUAAGAAUCCUGAGAGCCCAUUUAUGUUUUCCUUGCAUCUCAAUGAAGCAAGGGACUAUGAAGUGUCAGAUAGUGCCCCUCAUCUUGAGGGCCUAGCAGAAUUUCAAGAGAAUGUAAGGAAGACCAACAAUUUUUCAGCUUUUCUUGCCAAUGUUCGGAAAGCUUUUACUGCCACGGUUUAUAAGUAACGUACAAAUAGUGUAUAUAAAAACGGUUUAUUUUUCUUCUCUAUUACAUAUCUCUUUUUUUUCUUGUUUUUAUUAUUAUUAUACUUUAAGUUUUAGGGUACAUGUGCACAAUGUGCAGGUUUGUUACAUAUGUAUACAUGUGCCAUGUUGGUGUGCUGCACCCAUUAACUCGUCAUUUCAUUAGGUAUAUCUCCUAAUGCUAUCCCUCCCCCCUCCCCCAACCCACAACAGUCCCCGUUGUGUGAUGUUCCCCUUCCUGUGUCCAUGUGUUCUCAUUGUUCAGUUCCCACCUAGGAGUGAGAAUAUGUGGUGUUUGGUUUUUUGUCCUUGCGAUAGUUUGCUGAGAAUGAGGGUUUCCAGCUUCAUCCAUGUUCCUACAAAGGACAUGAACUCAUCCUUUUUUAUGGCUGCAUAGUAUUCCAUGGUGUAUAUGUGCCACAUUUUCUUAAUCCAGUCUAUCACUGUUGGACAUUUGGGUUGGUUCCAAGUCUUUGCUAUUGUGAAUAGUGCCGAAAUAAACAUACAUGUGCAUGUGUCUUUA